AGGGGGUCUCUCGCUCUCCCGCGAUUUGCUGUUUCCUGCCAUAAUAAUAACCCACAGUCCCGUCCCUCCAUCGCUCGAUCUCCCUUUUCCCUCCUUUUUUCUCUUCUUCACGCACCCGUUCAACGCCCACGGUCGUAACAGAAAGCUGUUUUCUUAGCCAGCGCUUUCGUCCUCUCUUUCAAUUCCAUUCUUCCAGCGUUACGCCGCUUCACUCCUUUGCGGUUUUUUUAUUUCCUUUUCGACCAAUUCGGCUUUUACGAAUCCAUCGACGACUUCAAAAUGAAGGGCACUUUCUUUGCCGCCGUUGCGGCCAUGGCCAGCCUCGGCGCUGCCCACAACCACCGUCAGGUUCACCAGCUCAUCAAGAAGGACGGCCUUGCCGCUACCGGCGUUGCUGCUCCCACUGGUGAGAUGUGCGUUCCCGGCUGCACCACCGUCUGGAAGACUAUCACCGGCGAGAUGACCCUCGUUCCCACCUCCACGGUCACCUCCACGCGCUACAGCACCAGCACUGAGACUUGCACCGUCCCUGCCACCACCCUGAGCAGCAGCACUCCUGUUCUGCCUACUCCUCAUCCCGUCACUUGCCCUACGCCUGGCACCUACACCAUCCCCGCCAAGACCAUCACUGUUAACCAGACCACCACUGUCUGCGGCGCUACCUCCACCAAGGUUCCUCCUGGCACCCACACCGUCGGUGGCCACACCACCAUCGUCAAGACUUCCACCAUUGUGACUUGCCCUGUCGCUACCGUCACCACUCACCACAACAAGACGACCAGCACCGUCAUCAUGACCACAUACGUCUGCCCCAGCGCUGGUACCUACACUGUUGGUGCCCACACCACCACUGUUUCCAAGGAGACCGUCAUUGUCUACCCUACUCCUACCAGCUACCUCCCCGGUACCUACACUGCUCCUCACACCACCGUCACCAUCACCGAGACCGGCACCGUCUACUACUGCCCUUUCACCAGCUCUGGCAUUCCCGCUCCUACUCCUCAGCCCCAGCAGCCCGCUCCUAAGCCCCAGCCUAAGCCUGAGCCCAAGCCUGAGCAACCUAAGCCCGAGCAACCUAAGCCCGAGCAGCCCAAGCCUCAGCAGCCCAAGCCCCAGACUCCUCUUGGUGACAUGACUGGUCCUUCCGACAUGUGGGCCAUCACCUACACCCCCUACCGCUCUAGCGACGGUACUUGCAAGUCUGCCAGCGAGGUUGAGAAGGAUAUCUCUGAGCUCAAGUCCCACGGCUUCACCACUGUCCGCAUCUACUCCAGCGACUGCAACACCUACCAGACCGUUGCCCCUGCUUGCGAGAAGUUCGGCAUGACCAUGAUUAUUGGUGUCUUUGUCAAGAACACUGGCUGCAGUAUCAACACCCCCGACAUCAAGAAGCAGGUCGACGACAUUGUUGCCUGGUCCAAGUGGACCAUGGUUAAGCUCUUCGUUGUUGGUAACGAGGGCGUCCAGAGCGGUAGCUGCUCUGUCCAGCAGCUCCAGCAACUCAUUGUUGACGUCAAGUCUCGCUGCUCUGGCUACACUGGUCACUGGACCACUGCCGAGACGAUCAACGUCUGGCAGCAGCCUGAGGUGCAGUCUGCCCUCUGCCCCCACGUCAGCGUCACAGGUGCCAACAUCCACGCUUACUUCAACCCCAACACUCCUUCUUCUGAUGCCGGCAAGUUCACCCAGGGCCAGCUCGACAUCCUCAAGAACAUUUGCAAGGGUAACCAGGUCAUCAACCUGGAAGGUGGCUGGCCCAGCGGCGGUAACGCCAACGGCAAGGCCGUUGCCAGCCCUCAGGACCAGGCUACCGCCAUCUCGUCUAUCCGUAAGACUUGCGGUAACCAGGUUGUUUUCUUCUCCUUCGAGGACGACUCGUGGAAGCAGCCUGGCUACUGUGCUUGCGAGCAGAAGUGGGGUAUCAAGAACGCUUUGUCCAUCUAAAUUGUGACAAAGGUUCGCACUGCCAACAGGAUGACCCGGGAAGUGCUCUCACAUCCUGUCGGCAUGUUGGGAAAACCACAGCAUGAUGUCUUUUAAAUAUUUGGAUUUUCUCUGCGAGCGUCAGAACUGUACACCCGCCACCCCGCCUGUAUAUGAGAAGUCUCUUUUUUCCUUUUACCGAGGACAUUACAAGACGAGGUCGGCUUGGUCUACCUACUCGGCUGCUCUCCUGCGAUUCGCUCUUGGGUCACUUCAGUUGGAAGACGAAACUGCUGGAUAUAGCCUUGUACAUAUGUUGCCUGUUUUUGAUUUCGAUGGAUCUAAGAGGUGGAAGAGGUGCAGUGAGUUAGGGUCAAUGUAUAUUUUCUCUUCUACAACCAUGUCCCCCGAUUUGCUAAGAAAGUCUUGUCUUGUUCCGCUUUGUACAUGUCAUGGCUUCUAGAGGGGUUGGAUGCACGGUGAAGAUUUGGAAAGAUCUUGAUUAUUUCUUUGGAAGAGUUAGUUUUUUUUAAACCUUUUUUCAAUCAACGUCAUGCUGGAACCUGAACAAUACCAUCUUGUGUCCCAUGUUUUUAAUCUCAUCAUUCAUUACCUUGUUGUCUUUCCCAUGCUCAGUUUGUUGCUGUUUGCUACAACCGCCAUAAACAUGACCUCUUGUCUCUGUUUGCUUUUCCUUGUAACCCGCCAAGGCACGGCGACCCUUGCAUCCGCCCACGCCUUGCAAAAGAAGAAACUCUGUCCUCGCUAUGAUUCGUCCGAGCAGAGGGAGCAGAACUAGGGCGUGGCGCCACAGAGCGCUAGGUUGUCGCAGAUAUGGAUGGAUAGUGUAAAGGGAAGCUCCAAACACGUGUUUGCUUAUCUGUUUGUGUAAUAUGUAGUCUGCAAAUUUGAAGGGAUACAACGCUGAGCGUGUACGUCGUCUCAGUCUCACAGGGCAUGCAUGUAUCAUACGGACGAGGCGUGCGCAUAUCAAAGGUAAUACAAUGGCAAACAUAUCUUUUGCUUGCUUGUUUUAUGAAAGUUGAAAGAGUGAAAAAAGUAGUCUUUAUUUUGCCAUUCUGCUAUGGAACAAAAGAUAAGGGGGAUAUAUCCAACAUGUUGUAGGCGCACAGGUAUAAUCGUAGAGAAACAGAAACAGAAGCAAGUAGCAACAUCUAUCAUCGCAGCUCUAUUGAUGAAAUUGAAAACAGGAAAGAAAAACAACAAGGAAUUGCACUUGAACGCCGGCUGAAACUGGCACAGCGUCUCUCCAGCUCGGUGGCUGACCAUGAGUGCAAAGAGGGAAGGAUAAGAUGUUAGGGUCGUUAGAGGAUAAAAUAUACUGAAUCAUCAUGAGUUGGUGGUGUUGAGGAGGGAUAUAGGGAGAGAUUAUUCAGUCUUUGGAAGCAUAAGAUAUAUAUGGCGAUGUAAGGGAGGGAUCGGUUGCUUAGAAUGGCUCGAGAGCGUCAUUGUCGGCAAGCCAUACAGUCUCCCGCGGCAGGCCAUGAAGCUUCUCGAGGCCACCACCGCAUCUUUCAAACUGUAGUAGGCCACCACGGUGGGAGUCGCGGCACAGAAUGUUGAGGUUUUGGCCUUCAUUGGUAAAGGAAGCGCCGCAGAUCUCACCGAAAACGUCAAUGGUCUGCUUGGUGUUGUAUGACUUGGCAUCAAUAAUGUUGACAAAGUCGGCCUCCUCGGCAGCCACCAAGACGGGCGGGCCGGAGCCGACCAGCGAGAACUUGAGAGUGCGUGCGCCAGCCAGCUCAGACUUGAUGGUAUGUAGAGGCUGGCAGACACCACUAUUGGAGGACCAGUAGCGCGCGUCCCAGAUCUUAAUGGCCAUAUCCUGCGAACCGGUAGCAAGAGUGUAUCCGUCAUCAGACCAGGCACAGGCGAAGCCGUAGUCGCGAUGGCCGGAUAGCUGAAACUGGAUCUUGCCCGUGUUAUCGUCUGUGAUGAGAAUCUUGUCAGAAUCACCAACGAGGGCACGCAUCGUCUUGUUGGGGGAGAGCGCUGUGCAGUUCAUUGCGACGGGAUAUCUGCGCUUAGCAACAAAUGUGUCAGUGGCAAAGUCGUACAAGCGUAGAAAGUCAUCGUUGCUGGCAAUGGCAGCAGUUGGCGAAGACGAAGACCGGCUUUGUUCAAUCUUGAUGUGGUUCGUAAUGCCGCUUUCAUAAGCUGAGAUUUGGCCCUUGGCAUCCGGACCGGGCUCUUCUGAUUCAACAGCCUUGACAACGUAGUUGCCUUCAAAGGUUCCGCACAUGACGACGCCAAGAUCGGCGUCCAAUGUGGUAACAGUCGAUCCGGUCAUGGAAAACUCAGGGAUCUCGAGGAAUGUGUCCGUCUUUCCUGACAAGGUGUUGAAUCGUCGGAUACCGGUUCGACCAGGAUAAAACGCAUUGGUUCGGGUCGGGCAGCCUAGCACGCUGCGUAGCUGAAAGUGUGCCAGACACACAUCGUUCUGGAAGCUGGUACGCUUAAACUUGAAGAAGUUGGACUCUUCUCUGCCGCUGCAGCUGCAGUGGCGAGUGUUCCAUUUAUCAGAGUCUUGACGGUUGACGUAGUUGCGGUAGGUAUACUGUCUUCUGGAGCGAGCAGCACUGCGUGUGGUGCCCAUGGAUAGCCAAUCAAGGCCCUGAAAGUCGCAUCGAUCACCUCGGAGAUCGUCAUACGAAAUUUCACGGCGGUUGACUCGCUCUUGUCGCAGCACCUCGUGAAUGUUGGGGCCUCCUAGCCCGCUUGCUAUUCCGAAAUGUGCCUGCGCAGCCCAUCCUCGCAGAAAGUCAAAGAGACCGAGGUUUUCAAGACCCAACACGGUGGGGUUUGCGUUGCUAUAAUGCACUGGAUCAAUGACUUGACCGUUGGGCAUGGUAAUGGCGGGUAAUGGAACGAAGCCCGCUGGUGGCUGAGGCAGAGGAGGAAGGUUGGCAAGCUCAGGAAACUGGCUUGUAUGAUUUGGAGAAUUGGAUGGGACACUCCUUGGCCGUGACGGUACCGGUUGAAGUUGAUGUGAUUCAUCUUCACUAUCCUCAUCAUCGUCGUCCUCUUCCUCUUCUGUAUCAACCUCCAUGCUUCGGUCAUCAACUUCAUCAUAAUCCUCGUCGUCGUCAUAGUCGUCGUCACUUAAUGGACCGCCGCUAGUCGUAGAUGCCAGCCAUGGCAGUACAGCGUUUACGCCGCUUCGAUGUCUGUGAUACUGGUGAUCUUGGUCAUAAGAAUGGUUUUUGUUAGCAUCGCUGCUGACAUACGAGCUUUCGUCACAUGAAGUGUCAAUGUCGGAUUCAGUGCCUUCGAAGUGGUCACAUCGGCUGUGGUGAAUCCAGAGGGAUCUUUUGGGACACAUGCACGGUUGACGGCAGCCCUUAGGUGACGCGCCGGUCAGAGCUAGCCUUCGGAGGACUUGUCUAGGGCCAUUGGGAGACUCUUUCCGUCUGGAGGCACCGUCGGAUUCGGAGUCUGUAGGCCAUCUGUCAAUAUCUCCCAAGGAUACGCCAGGUCCAUGGCUAACAUAUCGCGGCGAGCGGCUGCUAGCAGGGCUAUUUGGUGCAACUUGGCAGGCCUUCCUGCCUCUUAGAAUGGCCUUGUUCAUAGUUUGAAUUGUCAUCGGCGAGUUGCUAUAGUCGUCGGUGGAGGGGUUGGUAGAUUGUGCGUAGGCGCGUCACCAGUCCAGGGUCCAAUCCAAUGUGGGAUGUUCCCUGUGGCUAGCGCGAUCUCGGAUCCCUAUCAUACGAUGUCGCAACGAACUUGCUUAAUCCGUUUUGGUAGGUUGUAGAAGUAGUAGUAGAGGAGCUCGUUAAUAGCUGGCGUCGUUGCAACGGCGCGUUUAUGUCGAGUCUCGGCGAAAGAGGGAUGGGUGGCAAGGGUGAAGGGCACUGUAUUCGAGAUGGACGACAAUGAGAACAACGAACAGCAAAGGAAUCGAGCUGAGUCUGAACACCUUGCUGGAAAUGACACGGACGAGUACGAGUUGCGUUCCAGACGGCCGUGGCUUGUCGAAGGACUGUAUUGCAACUAGUGGGCUGCUUUGGCGGAAGUCAGGCGGCCCCCAAGAACGUCGAGUUGGCGUGAAGCAACGGUCGAAUGCUACCGAUGUGAAGCGGCGUGGGCGGGUAUGAAGGAGAUGUCGAUGUGUGAAAUAGAGAGCGUAUGAGGAAGGAGCGAAAGAAGUAGGACAAGACGGAUGCAGAGGGUAAGAUUAAUAAUUUGUCGAGAGUUUCGCUGGGAAUACCGGUUUAGGGAAAAGAGCAGCAAAGCAAGCCGAAGGUGGUUCGCCCAGCAGUUGUGAAUAUGAGCUGCAGGUGCUAUAAUCCUUCCGUCUGUUUUUUUUGGGUCUGGCACUAGCCUCUGCG